CAGUAAUAUACCAAACCCAGGCCGCGAAACAAACCAUCGCCUCCCUCCCUCGCAGCUGCGCCGCCUUCUCUUCCGCGAUCAGCUUGUCGCCAGCCAGCCUGCUCCUCCGCCUCCUCUGCAGCCGCUCCGACGUCCCUGCCGGCCAGCCGGCCGCAGCGACAUGGCGGCCCGUCCGACGCCGUCGUCGGCGCGACCGGUGCAGGGGGAUGGGGACGGGGAUCAGCAGCAGCACCCGCGGCGUCCCUUCAGCGCCGUCCUGAUCACGGUCCCCGACGGCGACGGGCCCGGCUCGCCCUCCUUGCCUGCUUCGUCCUCGGACGCCAUGGCGGCCGCGCUCUUGGACCACGCCGGCGCGGCCGGCUCGGACGACGGCGCCCUCAUGGAGGCGGAGGACGAACGGCCACGGCCGUGGGGGCAGUCGUUCUCGCUGUGGCACGCCACGGUGGUGGUGUUUGCGCUCGCGGCGCUCGCCGCGGCGGGAUACGUAUCCCUGUACGCAGGCAGGGGCGCCGGCGCGGCGUGGCGGCUCCUUGAGGCGCGCGAGGAGGGCGAGGACCACGGCGGCCGCAGGUCCUUCCUGCUGCUGCUGUACCCGAAGCCGCGUCGCGGCGGCGCGGCGGGGAAUCUGACGGCCGCGACGUCCACGUCCACCGGCAAUGUAUUCCCGACCGGGCUAUACUACACAACUGUGCCUAUUGGCAAUCCUUCAAGGGAUUAUUUUCUUGAUGUUGAUACUGGCAGCGACAUAACAUGGGUCCAGUGCGACACGCCAUGCAGAAGCUGCGCAAAGGGAGCUCAUCCUUCAUAUAGGCCUGCACAAUCUAACAUAGUUCCUGCCAGUGAUCCACUUUGUGAUCGAGUUCAACGCAACCCAAAUGAGUGCAACUACGAUAUCAAUUAUGCUGACAGAAGCUCCUCUAUGGGUGCUUAUGUAAGGGAUAAUAUGCAACUCAUCAGUGAAGAUGGUGAAAGGGAAAAUAUAGAAAUUGUGUUUGGGUGUGGAUAUGAUCAAAGAGGAAUUCUUCUGGACACGCUAGAAAAUACUGACGGAAUGCUAGGCCUGGGCAGCAGGGCAAUAAGCCUUCCUACACAGCUAGCCAGCCGAGGGAUUAUUUCCAAUGUUUUCGGUCACUGUAUGACGACAGAUCCCAGUGGUGGUGGUUAUUUGUUUCUUGGUGAUGAUUACAUUCCUAGGUGGGGAAUGACAUGGGUUCCUGUCCGAAAUGGUCCAGCAGAUAAUACACGUAGAUCCCAACUCCAGCAAGUAAACCACGGGGAUCAGAAGCUCAAUGUGCAAGGGAAGUUGACUCAAGUGAUCUUUGACAGUGGGUCUACAUAUACAUAUUUCCCACACGAAGCGUAUACAAAUCUGGUUGCUGCGCUGAAGGGUGCAUCCCCGAGAUUUGUACAAGAUGACUCAGAUAAUACUCUGCCUUUCUGCAUGAAAGCUGAUUUUUCAGUAAGGUCUGUGGAUGAUGUGAAACAUAUUUUCAAGCCCCUGAGUUUGCAAUUCGAGAAACGGUGUUUCUUCUCUAGAACCUUCAACAUUCGUCCUGAAGAUUACUUGACCAUCAGUGAUAAGGGCAAUGUUUGCCUGAGGGUGUUCGAUGGAACUGCGAUUGGUUACGAUUCAGUAAUAAUAAUCGGAGAUGCUUUUCUUCGUGGAAAAUUGAUUGCUUAUGACAAUGCUGAGAAUCAGAUCGAAUGGAUUGAUUCAGACUGCACUGACCCAAGCAAACAAAGCAGAAUUCCAUUCUUCCUGCGAAGAGUGUUGCGCAACAAACUUCUGUAGACAUUACACAGUUACUACCGUGAGAUCGCCUGACCAUAUCUGUUAUUACGGAUCUUGCAAUUCUGCAUCCAGAUUCUGAUAAAAUCGUGUGAAGGAACGUAAUUACUAGAUAGGAAAAACGGUUACGAGGUAGGGAAAGGUAGAUAAGCAUAGCUAGUAUACUUUACUUUGUAUUUUUGCUAUCUGUAUAUAGUCAAAAGAAGCAGAAACCUGCAUUCUAUAUUGUAGGGCAUAUCUCACUCACUUUGUAAGACUAAAGUGGUGAAGCAUUUCAAUGAACAAUCAACAGCAGUUUAUGACAUUUCUGAUCGCUUUUCAGUUC